UCACCAACCAUGCGCGGUCUCCCCACGACGUUCUUCGUCUACAUGGCGCUGUGCGCUGCUUCGGCCUGGUCCCUGGCGGCCAACCGGACGAAACCGACAGCCGGCAAGACCAGUAACAAACUGGACUGGGCGUACUGGUUCAACCUCCUGCACCCCGGGGCGGAUGUCCCUACCGCGCCGCCACCUGCUCCGGCGCCGGUGCUCAUGGAACCGGUGGUGGAGGAUGUGUCGUGGACCAUCUCCAAAAGCGAUAUUUCCAACGCCCGUUGUGGGGUGCCGCGGUUGGGCGGGGCGGAUCCCUUUGGUUUGGCGGUGGCUAAUCGGGCUUUGUGGUCGGGACAAGGCGGUACCCGGGAUCGGAACCCGAAUGGGACCGUGGAGGAUCGGAUUGUCGGGGGAAAGAAGAUUGAUGUUCGAUCGGUGUGCUGGCAGGCCAAGCUGCAGAAAGAUGGGUCUUUUAUCUGUGGCGGGUCUGUUAUUGGCAAGCGCACGAUUCUGACCGCUGAACACUGUGUUAGGAAUCCCCGCGGACGUUAUCCGAGUGAGCCCUACGACAACAACCGUUUCACCAUUGUUUUGGGUGCGGGACAAAGUGACACUUUGAUAUCAAGCGACGAUCCCAAUAACUGCGCUCAAAAGUACAAUGUGGUGCGCAUCAUCACGAAUUCCCGCUUCAGUUCGUCCACCAAUGAGAACGAUGUCUCAAUCUUAACGCUGGACCGGGACAUCGACUUCAGCAAACCGUGUGUAUGCCCGGUGUGCCUGCGCAAUCAAAAUCCAAAAGUCGGUGAAAUCUGCUCGGUCAGCGGGUACGGUCUUUUGCAAGAAGGCGGGUCAAGUGCCGGAGCACGUCCCUUGAAAUUUGUACAGUUGAAUGUUCUCCCGUCGGAUUUCAGUGCUAACUGUUACAUCGUGGGACAACCGACCGACCUGAACAAUUUACUGUGUGCGGGAGAUGUACUUGGCGAAGACACGUGUCAAGGCGACAGCGGAGGUCCGGUGGUCUGUCAGGAUCCGGCGUCCGGCAAACACUAUCAAGCGGGUAUCGUCUCCUAUGGAAACGGUUGCGCUCGAGGAAUCGGCGGCAUUUACACACGGGUGUCGCAGUAUCUCGAAUGGAUUAAGAUUAAUUCCGGUGGAGAUCUAUUGACCUUUCCAUCUUAGUGGUCGACCAUAAAAAUCAGUCAGAUUUGGAGCAUAACAAAUUUGUGUGCUGUAUAAAGGCUGAUUUUGCUUGUCUUCGCCGCUACGGUACCAGUUGUUAAAUGUAGAUUUUUUCCAUGUAUAAAGCAAUGUUAACUAGGUUUAUCGUGCAAUUGAUAUACAACUUCAAUCUCCGGAAUAUAAAAAUUCUGUAUAUAAACACGUGACCGAGUGUUGUUUUG